CCGAAUGCCGACUCCAGACGCGGAAUAUCGAACCAGGCUGCUAGAUCUGUGGACGUGCUGUUUGUCCUCAAGGCUUAAGAUUUAUCCAGAUGCAUACUAUAAUUAACUAUUUGUCCGUAUUGUGAUUGUUUUCCAUCAGAAUAUUCUGUUAUUUUGAUGCCUGGAAGCUAUUGGGUAGAUAUGACGUCAUUUGACUUGUCAUGACCGAAUUGCAAUAAGUGAAUAUAUUGUACAGUAUUUGCAUUUUGAUGAAAGUAAUCUCCCUCCACGAUUAUUGUUUAGCAGUUCCUGCCGUUGUCAAAUAGCACCGUGUGUAUUCCGUUAAGGCUCCGAUAAUGAUAAAGGCGUUUAUUAAACAUGUCCGACGCUUUCCCUGGGUCACCAAUGUUACGUUAUACGGUUGCCUGUUCGCCGGAGGGGACUUUGUUCACCAGUGGUUUUCUCAACGGGACAAAAUGGAUUGGAACCAAACGCGGAAUGUUGCCGUGGUCGCGUUCAGCUUCCAUGGCAACUUCAAUUUCUUCUGGAUGCGUUUUUUGGAGCGCACAUUCCCGGGGUAUUCCGCCGGGAUGGUGAUGAAGAAGCUGGUCCUGGAUCAGACCACUGCUGCGCCUUUGGCCAACAGCGCCUUCUACAUAGGUGUCAGUUUCUUAGAGGGUAAGGAGGAUGUCACGGAGGACUGGAGGAACAAAUUCCUGAACACGUACAAGACUGGGUUAAUGUUCUGGCCCUUCAUGCAGUUUCUAAACUUUACCUUGGUCCCUCCGUACGUGCGGACAACCUUCAGUGGCUGCUGUGCCUUCCUUUGGGCCACUUUCUUGUGUUUCUCACGUCAGAGUGGCGACGGCACCGCUGGUGCUGCCUUGGAUUGGAUGUUCCCCUCUAAAGAGGACGGAGCAGAGCAGACAGACCAGGUGAAAAGUGAAGGACUUGCUUCUCGAGAGCAAGUGGAAAAUCCAUCAUCCAAACAUAAGUGAAUCACACAGAACAAGAAGGCGGGAGUCCUAAGAUGAAGAGCAGCUCAUGGCAACAACUCUUCUCGUCCAUAGGGGGAGCCCACAAAACAAGCUGCUGACGUGACCCUCUUUUCUUGUCCUAGCAGCUGACGUUGCUGGGAUAGAAAAUUAAUUUGUUGAGCGACUCGAAAUGAAAACUUGAAAAAGUAAAAUUAUUGGUGCUAAUAUCACUUUGCAAUAGAGCUACUACUGCCUCCAUAGUAGCAGUGCUGAUCAUCCCCAUUUAAAAACACAAAGACAUUAUAUGGGAGUGCUUCAUUGUAAUUCACAAUGUGAGUACAGUAUAGAUUAGACGCAAACACUUUAUAUACUCUUAUAAUUGGAGACAUUGUUGUGUUCAAAUCAAUCAUCCACAUUUAAAUGAACUCUUAUUAAAUGGGAGUCAGCACUAAAGGGUUAUAAUAGUUUGCAAUCCUUCAUUGGAAGCAGUCUUUCAAAUUUCUUUUUUAAAUUCCAUUUUUAGAACGUUUAUUAUUAUUAAUGUGCAUACAAAUGCAUCCACCUACUUGAAUUUGCAAAAAUGAUGCUUCUUUCUGCGCUAAAUGAAUGUAAUGCACUAUUUCCUCAUUUAACCUCAUUUUCGUGUGCAUUGGAAGGAACACGCCUCCACAUUGUUUUCAUCGCAUGCUGUUAUUUUGACACUGAGACAUCAUUUGUACAAACAGCACUGACUACUAUACAUGUAAACUAACCCUUUUUAAGUCUAAGUUGUAAAUCAAACCCUCGACCAAAGACAGUUUUUUGGGCAAGAACUCGGGUGUUUACUAUCAUAUCACAGAAAGAGGGUGUUGCAGUCCUUUGCUUACAAUUUAAUGAUGUGAUUACUUUUACUUUAUUUGUGUCAUUGGCAUAAAGAACCUGUAAUGGUAAUGUUAAUUGAUUGUGUUAAAUGUUGAUGUUAAUUUCAUUAAAAAAAAAUAAUCCUGUGCUAUUUCACACAUUUAAACUGAGCUGGAAUUUACAUUUUUGUAGUAUUUAUAAAUAGAUUUGUUGUGUGCUAAUAUAAAAAAAUAUUGAAUUCUUUGUUUUUAGUAAUUGUUUAGUACUGAGUUGAGUCAAACUACAUGUUGCAUUGAUUGUGAUACCACAAAGAUCAUUUUUGAUCAGCAAUGCGGUCUAUUAUGACAUUUGACACUAAAGUUGUUAUGACUGUAAUGGAAAAAUAAUAUAUAUUGAUGAAUAAAUACAUACGUA